CUCGUCUAUGCAACUGAACACUUGCUGAGUCCUGUUAUCUGCCUUGAAGUUAGCCAUUGUCAUCAAAAUGUUUUGUGGGGACUAUGUGCAAGGGACCAUCUUCCCAGCUCCUAACUUCAACCCCAUGAUGGAUGCCCAAAUGCUGGGGGGAGCACUCCAGGAAUUUGAGUGUGACAAAGACCUGCUGAUCGACAUCCUGACUCAGCGCUGCAAUGCCCAGAGACUGAUGAUUGCGGAGGCCUACCAGAGCAUGUAUGGCCGGGACCUGAUUGACGUGCUGAAGGAGCAGCUUUCUGAUCACUUCAAGGAUGUCAUGGUUGGCCUCAUGUACCCGCCACCAUCCUAUGAUGCACACGAACUCUGGCACGCCAUGAAGGGAGCAGGCACUGAUGAGAACUGCCUCAUUGACAUAUUAGCUUCAAGAACCAAUGGAGAAAUUUUCCAGAUGCGGGAAGCCUACUGUUUGCAAUACAACAACAACCUCCAAGAGGACAUUCAUUCAGAGACCUCGGGACACUUCAGAGACACCCUCAUGAACCUGGUCCAGGGAACCAGACAGGAGGGCUACACGGACCCCGCCAUGGCCGCCCAGGAUGCAAUGGUGCUGUGGGAGGCCUGCCAGCAGAAGACCGGGGCGCACAAAACCAUGCUCCAGAUGAUUCUGUGCAACAAGAGCUACCAGCAGCUGUGGCUGGUUUUCCAGGAAUUUCAAAAUAUCUCUGGGCAAGACAUAGUAGAUGCCAUCAAUGAUUGUUACGACGGAUACUUCCAGCAGCUGCUGGUUGCCAUUGUGCUCUGUGUUCGAGAUAAACCAGCCUACUUUGCUUAUCGACUGCACGGUGCCAUCCAUGACUUUGGUUUCCAUAAUAAAACCGUAAUCAGGAUCCUCAUUGCUAGAAGUGAAAUAGACUUGAUGACCAUAAGAACACGGUACAAAGAGAGAUACGGGAAAUCCCUGUUUCAUGAUAUCAGACACUUUGCUUCAGGGCACUAUAAGAAGGCACUGCUGGCCAUCUGUGCUGGUGACACGGAGGACUGCUGACAUGGAGGGGAGGACGGGGAGCACCGGGCACUCUUCACAGACACAUCAGAGCAGAGUGUGACACAUGAGUUGUCACUCACACCACCACCAAACUACAAGAUCAGAUUUUCUCUUCUGUCUUUAAAAUUAUUCCAAAAUCUAUGAAUGAAAAUCUAUGAUCAAGGAUUUG